AUGACUUCCAAUGAGAACUAUGCUGUGUUCCGGGAAUGUUUGUCUAAUGCCAUCGUGGCCCGCUCCGAGGAAAAGCCGAAGCCAACGCGGAGGAAGCCAAAGGGCAAGCGCACCGAGCGCACAGACGUAGCAGCAGCGACAGUCUCAACCGGGAGAGCAGACCCAGAAGAGCUCGCCGAAUUCGUUGAUUUCCUAGCGUCAGAAACUUUCACCAUUUUCCCAACCCCGCUCCAAACCCUAAGCUAUGCAGCCAUCCAGCACGAUCCAAGUCUAUCAACUCUCUACAUGCCCCCAGAUAGCGACACACCCCUCCCACGCACCACGCUCGAAACUCUAUUCUCCCCAAUCCCAGUUAGCGUAACCGACUCGCUACUCGUCUACGGCAUAAUCCCGGACGCAGCAGACCUGGUGGACUUCCUCGCCCCCGUGCUGGCGGAGUACAUAUCGAGCGUGACGACUGGCCCGCCGGCGUGGGCGAGCACGCGCGCGGACGCGUGCGAGAUCUGCGAGCGAGACUGGAUCCCGCUUUCGUAUCAUCAUUUGAUUCCGCGCGGGGUGCAUGCGAAGGUCAUUAAGAAGGGGUGGCAUGAUGAGUGGAUGUUGAAUAGUGUGGCGUGGCUUUGUCGCGCUUGUCAUAGUUUUGUGCAUCGCAUGGCAACUAAUGAGGAGCUGGCUAGGGAGUGGUUUACUGUUGAGAGGAUUUGUGAGAGGGAGGAUGUGCAGGACUGGGCUAACUGGGUUGGGAGGGUUAGGUGGAAGGCGAGGUAG